AUGUUAAGAAGUUCGUUAAGACCAUUAGGGAAGACUUUUACCUUCCAGGCUGUCAGAUUUGCCUCAUCCAAGCAAAAAUAUGAUCUUGUGGUGAUCGGAGGCGGUCCAGGUGGUUAUGUCGGUGCAAUUAAAGCUGCACAACUAGGUCUUAAAACUGCAUGUAUUGAAAAAAGAGGUUCUUUGGGAGGUACAUGUCUUAAUGUUGGCUGUAUUCCUUCAAAAUCUUUGUUAAACAAUUCUCAUUUGUAUCAUCAGGUGAAACAUGAGUCUGAAAUGAGAGGCAUUCAAAUUGAUGGUGAGGUCUCGGUUAAUUUUGGAAAUUUAAUGGCUGCUAAAGAUAUAGCUGUUAAAGGUUUGACUGGAGGUGUUGAAAUGUUGUUCAAAAAGAACAAGGUUACGUAUUUGAAAGGUGAAGGAUCAUUCGUUGAUGAACAUACUGUUAAUGUCAAGCCAAUCGAUGGCUCCGAGUCUUACGAGGUUGAAGCAGAUAACAUUAUCGUUGCCACCGGUUCCGAAUCUACUCCAUUCCCGGGUAUUGAAGUUGACGAAGAGAGAAUUGUUACAUCUACUGGUAUUUUGGAAUUGAGUGAAAUUCCAAAGAGAUUAUCCAUUAUUGGAGGUGGUAUUAUUGGUUUGGAAAUGGCAUCUGUCUAUUCUAGACUUGGUUCUGAAGUCACUGUUAUUGAAUUUCAAGAUGCAAUUGGUGCCGGAAUGGAUGCUGAGGUCGCUAAACAAUCCCAAAAGUUAUUGGCCAAGCAAGGAUUGAAAUUCAAAUUGGGAACGAAGGUUACCAAGGGUGUUAGAGAAGGUGAUGUUGUUAAGAUCGAGGUCGAAGAUGUUAAGUCAGGUAAAGCUGAAUCCUUAGAGGCAGAUGUUUUAUUGGUUGCAAUCGGUAGAAGACCAUAUACUGCCAACUUGAAUUUUGAAGGUCUUGGUUUAGAAGUAGACAACAAGGGAAGACUUGUCAUCGAUUCUGAAUUUAGGUCUAAACACCCUCACAUCAGAGUCAUCGGUGAUGUAACUUUUGGACCUAUGUUAGCCCACAAAGCUGAGGAAGAGGGAAUUGCAGCUGCUGAAUUUAUUAAGAAGGGUUAUGGACAUGUCAACUACGCUAACAUUCCUGCAGUCAUGUAUACUCAUCCAGAGGUUGCUUGGGUUGGCUUAAAUGAACAGCAAUUAAAAGAGCAAGGAAUUAAAUACAAGGUUGGAAAGUUCCCAUUUGUUGCUAACUCUAGAGCUAAGACAAACUUGGACACUGACGGGUUUGUGAAGUUCAUUGCUGAUGUUGAGACUCACCGUGUCCUUGGUAUUCACAUCAUCGGUCCAAAUGCAGGUGAAAUGAUUGCUGAAGGUGGAUUGGCUUUGGAAUACGGUGCCUCCACUGAAGACAUUGCUCGUACGUGUCAUGCUCACCCAACCUUAUCUGAAGCUUUCAAAGAGGGUGCUUUGGCUACUUUCGAUAAGCCAAUCAAUGCUUGA